GCCGCUAUCGGCCAUGAUGCCGUGCACGGACUAUCUCACCAACAUGACCGUGCUGACGCCCCCCGGCGAGUGCUGCGACGGGCUCAAGACCAUCAUCAGGGACGCGCCCAUCUGCCUCUGCCACGGCAUGAACGGCGGCCUGAACCAGUUCCUCCCAAAGCCCGUCGACCCCCUCCGCAUGAACGUCCUCCCGCUCGCCUGCGGCACUGUGCUGCCGAUCCAAACCCUCUUCAUGUGCAACUCGAACCAGGUGCCGCCGAUAAUGCCGCCCACCCCUGCAGAGCUGCCAAUGACGCCUGCUGCACCGUAGAUAGUUUUGUCGAGAUGGUUUAUCCUAGUUUAUCCUCUUAGUU